AUGUGUUCCCUUGCAGCCAGUGCAGCCCGGACCUCGAUGUUCGGAAGGUCUUUUUUCUUGUUUCGAAAGCCCUCAACUCGGACUCUGACCACUCGCGCAACCUCAUACACACUCAACACUGGUGCGAAGAUCCCGGCGCUCGGAUUCGGCACAUUCCAAGACCCUGAUUCCCAGGAAGAGACCGUCAGCCAGGCCUUGCAGAAAGGCAUGCGCUUGAUUGAUACAGCUCGGGUCUACAACGUUGAAGAGCAGGUUGGAAGGGGAAUCAAAAAGAGUGGUGUUCCCCGUGAACAUAUCUUUGUCAGCACAAAGUUGUGGUGCAAUGACUACCACCCUGAUGAUGUGGAGAGAGCUUUGGAUGACUCUCUGAGAGACCUAGACACGCCAUAUGUUGACCUUUUGUUGAUGCACUACCCUUGCACCUUCAAGCGGGGGCCCGACCGAUUUCCUCGGAAUGCCGAAGGCAGGAUAAUUCCAGGCGAGACCACUUAUGUUGACACGUGGAAAGCGAUGGAAAAAUUAACCAACACUGGCAAAGCCAAGGCUAUUGGGGUCUCAAAUUUUAGCCAGGGUGAAAUUGAGACUUUGCUCAGGGAGUCUUCCACGGUCCCAGCUGUUCACCAAAUGGAAACCCACCCCUAUCUGCAGCAGAAGAAAUUCAAUAAGUGGCUAUUGGAAAAGCAAAUUCAUGUUGUCCAAUUCAGCCCCCUGGGUAACAUGAAUGAUUUCUACCGCCAGACUGGAUGGUCUAAGAAGAUUGCGCACAUGAUGCGGGUUAUUGACCAGCCAAUUUUAAAGGAAAUUGGCCAGAAGUAUGGCAAGAGCCCUGUGCAGGUAGUGCUUGCAUGGGGAAUCAACAGUGGCCGCUCCGUCAUCCCAAAGAGUGUUGUUGACUGGCAGAUUGAAGAGAACUUGGAGGCUGAUUUCAAGUUGCAACCUGAAGACAUGGCCUGUAUUGCAACUCUGGAUGCAAAGGCUCGCUUCAAUGACCCCAGUUUGGACUACGAGUGGCGUUUGUACAGUGACUUGGAGGGCAUUGACGGCACUAUGAGAGGAGAGACUCACUAA